GUCAGCGUCUUGAGCGCAUCACGUUGCAGAUAUUGCCCGAGUUUCGACCAAUUUCAGAUGGGACGUGAUGAACCGCGGUACUGACGACCAUUCCUCGCUGCAGGCCACCAUCCCUGCCGCUUGGCCCUAGCGGCAGCUCCACCAAUUUUUUUUUCGGCUGCUGGUUGCACCAUCUUGCGCUCUGCUUCAGGCCGCGACAACACCUCGCACACUGCAGCCUCGCCAAGUGCACUGCACGAAUCGCUCAACAUGCCCGCCGCCGUUUCCUCUCGCACGACCAAGCCAAACAAGGCUGGCCGCGACACAGCACCGCCUGCGAAAAAGGCAAAGCUCGCCCAGUCGCCCGCCGCAACCCGCCCGAAUGGUCUCAAGUCACUACUCAACGGUGGUGCCGCAAAGCCAACAGCACGAUUGAACGGUUCCAAGAAUGCGCGCAACACAAAAGUCGACGAGUCUGCCGCCGUUGUCGGCGGAGGCCAGGCCGGCCAUGGUGACGUCGACAUGGAGGAUGCUGGAAAGGACGUGAUCGAGAUCAGCAGCGCCGAGGAAGAAAGCCACUACUCCAGCUCAGACGACGAGAAGGACGAUGCAGCGCCGGCUGUCAACGGCGAGGGAGACGACGAGGUUGCAGACCCGGAAGAGCUCUCGUUUGGCGACAGGCUGCGCGCACAAGAGCCUGAGCCUGUUACAGAGUCGCGCAUUGUCGACGUAGAGAGCACCUUUGGCGCAAACGACCCACGAGCAUUGGCAGCAACGUCCACCAACCGUCCUCUCUCUGCCCCCUCAGCCUCGUCCCUCGGGACGGUCCUCACCCAGGCUCUGCGCACAAACGACCAGGAGCUCCUCGAAUCGUGCCUGCGCGUUAUCGACAUCGACACAAUCUACGCUACAGUGGAGCGCCUGCCCUCGCCGUUGGUCGGCAACCUGCUGCAGAAGCUUGCUGAGCGCCUACACAAGAAGCCUGGCCGCGCAGGUGUACUCAUGGUCUGGGUGCAGUGGUCGCUCGCUGCCCACGGUGGCUACCUGGCAAGCCAGCCUCAGCUGGUCAGACAGCUCGCAACAUUGAACAAGGUGCUCAAGGAGCGUGCCAGUGGACUGCAGCCAUUGCUUUCACUCAAGGGCCGUCUGGACAUGCUUCAGGCCCAGCUUGAGCUCAGAAGGAGGAACCAGAAGAAGGCUGCCGGUGACGAUGAAGACGAAGCAGUCAUUUACGUCGAGGACGAGGGCAGUGAAGACUCUGAGGAUCUGAUCGAUGACGAGGCCGAGGAGACCGACGAUGAUGCUGGCGACGACAUGUCAGAGCCCAUGAGCGACGACCUCGAUGACGGCGAAGGUGUCUCUAGCGAAGAGGAGUCGAAACCAGCAAAGAGGUCCACAAUCGGUCGCGCUGGCUUGAAGAGCCGCCGCUAAACGAGACAUUUCGAAGGCUACGAUGUGUAAGAAUGUACGGCAACCUGCGGUUCAAGGCGGUCGCUCACAUACUUUUAUACAUACCCUUGUCAAAUUCCUUCUACAUUGUAUGGCUGCAUGAGGACACGAAACGUCCCGCACCCCGGCGUUCUACGGAUUGGAAAAGCGUCUCUCUUCACGACGCUUGCACUUGGUGUUUGCAUAGCCCUGGAAUAUACUGUCACAUUCUGUCGUCUACACAUUG